AUGAUAACGGCCGUCACCCAGUCAGGAAGCAGAGCUUCCUUGCUGACGGCUCAUCGUGUGCCGUAUUGCGUUACUGCUCACCACGGGAGUGCAUCGUGGAAUGGAAACAAGCUCCGUUUCUAUUCGACUGAGAAGCCAGCUACUAUUGACUAUCAAGGCAUUCAGACCCUGAUUAAGGAUAAGAAUGCGGAAUACUAUCUGAUCGAUGUGCGUGAACCCAACGAACUUUUGCAAGGCGCUAUUCCGACGGCAAAGAACAUACCACUGAGUCAAUUUAUGACCGCCUGGAGCAUGUCAGAAGAAGAUUUUGAGGAUACAUUUGGUUAUGAAAAACCAAGCCCGAAUGCCAAUAUUAUUGUUUAUUGCCAAGCGGGCAUUCGCAGCUCCAGAGCAGCCAGUUAUCUUGGAGAAUUGGGAUACAAGGGUGUACAAAAUUACAUUGGCAGCUGGGCAGACUAUGCAGAACAGUCCAAGUCAAAGGCCUAA